GUUCUAUUUAAGGAGGUGUAUAAUAAUUUAUAGUUAUAUCUUCAUUAAUUGUUGUAAAAAUAAUAUAUGUGAUGUUUUAUCUUUAUCAAAUUACUUCUUUAUCUUUAAAAUAAUUCAAUUGUAGCUAACGGCAUCCUGUGCAACGCACGGGUGAAAAUCUAGUACAAUACAACAGCACAUGGCACUUGGGUUCGGUUGUCACAACUGGAAGACAAUCAAGACAUGCGUGAUGACCAUGUCAUUCCAUCCAAAGCAGUGAAUUCAACUUUUUCUAAUGACAGGGAAUGCAACAACGGUGCUUGUGAGGAGGUGAAUACUCCACCAACACAUGACAGAGAUAUUUUUGAUACACAUGGGACCACUUCUUCUGCUGGUCAGAAUGCUCUCACAGCUCCUUCACAGUUCGAAACCAAUUCUUCUAGCACCAGUUCGGUCUUGCCACGGAAACGUACAAGACACACACCGACAUGGCAUCGUGAUUAUGAUGUUCAACUCAACACAGUGAAAAUAUUUUCUCCCCCCAAUGUUUGCACCACUACUUCGGUUGACUCGGGUAAUCCAUAUCCUCUAUUUCAUUAUGUAAAAUAUAAUCAUUUUUCGGUCGGACAUCGUGCUUUUCUUGCAGCUAUUGCAGCACACAGAGAACCUACGUCAUUUCAAGAAGCCGUUAAAGACCCGCUUUGGAGAGAGGCGAUGCAGCGUGAAAUACAAGCUCUUGAGCAGACUGGUACAUGGAAACUUCAGCCAUUGCCGCCCGGCAAGAUUGGUAGUAUGCGGUAAUCGCCAAGUUCCGGAGGUCGAUUACUCGGAGACGUUUGCACCGGUUGCAAAAAUGGUGACUGUUCGGACUAUCUUGGUUGUAGCAGCAUCUAGGCAUUGGGAGUUGCAUCAGAUGGAUGUGGACAAUGCGUUCUUGCAUGGUGAUCUUAGAGAGGAGGUGUAUAUGCAUUUGCCGCCAGGAUAUUCAGCCACUGCGCCUGGACAGGUUUGUCGCCUCUUGCGAUCUCUUUAUGGGUUACGUCAGGCUCCACGUUGCUGGUUUUCAAAGCUGACAAAUUCUUUGCUUCGUUAUGGUUUUCAACAAUCUCAUGCUGAUUAUUCAUUAUUUACCUUACGCCG